AUGGAAAUUGCCCAUGAAUCUGGUCUCCUAGCUCUCGCCGCCAGUGUGCGCCCACGCAAGCGACUUCGCCCUUGCACGGAGGUCAUCUCGCUUGUCAGCUCCGAAGGCCAGAGCUGCGACGAUGAGCUCGAGGUUACAAACUCCACAGACAGCGAGAACGAACUCAGUGAGGACAACAUCGGGCUCGAGGCUGCCAGACGCAGCCAGGCUCUUGAAUCUCAAUGUGGAUCUCAGAAGGGAGCCCCCGAUGCAACUCACAACAGGAGCCCCCACUCACAAUCCCGCGAACCUUCUGCCGCACUAGAGAGCCCCCAUCUCGAACCUUCGCACAUCACGGUGGAAUCACAGUCCUCCUCUGAGCCCCUCACCGCGGCUAUCCCACAAUCCACACAACUUGCUCCAACUUCUUUAAAAAAAACACUCCCCCACCUGGCAAAGCCCAUCGCCCAAGAGUCGAUCCUUUACAUCCUUACUUAAAGAAAAGCCAGCCUCCGCAGCCCUCAUAGCUCGUCGUGCGGCGACACAAUCUCCAGAAGUUCCGUGUCAAACACCAAAGUGGCGUCCGGUGGAAUCACGGCUCCCGCCCCACGCUUGCCGUACGCCAGCUCCGGCGGAAUCGUGAGCCGCCGUUUCUCUCCAACACACAUGUCCAUCAGUCCCUGGUCCCAGCCCUUGAUCACGUGUCCCACGCCGAGCACGAACUUCAGUGGCUGGUCGCGCUCGACGGACGAGUCGAACACUUCCUGUGUGUCGAACAAUCUCCCCGUGUAAUGCAUCUUGACCUGGUCACCAGGCGCGGUCUUCUUUGUGCACUCCUCCGGUGGCACUCUGUGGAGGACGCCAAUCUGGAGCUCCGCGCUGGCGACAACAGUCAAUGCCAAAACCGCUAACGUUCUGAAAUUCAUAAUGACAGUUAUUUUCGACGCAAACACAAAAUAUUUUUCUCUGUAGCAGACCCACGUUGCCGACGCACAACAACGGCCACGAACCGGAAGGUGUGUGUGGGGGCGUCAAUCGUAGACAACAUGCUCAUGGUACCUACACGGGGGGUACCCAGCCUGCCGGCCAAGAGCUCUCAGACUUGC